AUGUCACUCCAGUCGUGGCAGAAGGUGGCCAGAGCAUUGAGUGGAGGAUUCUACACUUGGAGCCUCACCCUGUGGCUCGCACUGCAGGCAACACUGGGUACUUUGCACAUCAAGGAGCCUCUAGUGGUCACCAAAUAUGGGACUCUCCAAGGAAAGCAGUUGCAUGUGGGGAAGACGCCCAUCCAUGUCUUCCUAGGAGUCCCCUUCUCCAGACCUCCUGUGGGUGCCCGCAGGUUUGCUCCUCCUGAGCUGCAGCCCUGGACAGGAAUCAGAGAUGCCACCACCUACCCACCUGCGUGCCUUCAAGAGUUCUGGGGUCAGGUAACCUCCAUUUACUUAAACUCGUGGAAACAGUACAAGUGGCUGCGCUUCAGUGAGGACUGCCUGUACCUGAACGUGUACGCGCCAAUACGCGCUGGUGGGGACCCUCUGCUGCCGGUGAUGGUCUGGUUUCCGGGAGGCGCCUUCCUCAUCGGCGCCGCUUCCACCUACGACGGCUCGGAGUUGUCUGCCCACGAGAAAGUGGUGAUAGUGGUUCUGCAGCACAGACUCGGCAUCUUUGGCUUCCUAAGCACCGGCGACAGCCAGGCCCGCGGAAACUGGGGGAUGCUGGACCAGGUGGCGGCUCUGCGCUGGGUGCAGGAGAACAUUGAAGCCUUUGGUGGAGACCCGAACAGCGUGACCCUGUUUGGCCAGUCGUCGGGGGCUAUGUGUGUCUCGGGACUGAUGAUGUCACCCCUAGCCCGGGGUCUCUUCCAUAAGGCCAUUUCCCAGAGUGGCACCGCAUUACUCAAAGUCUUCAUCACUCAUGAUCCACAGAAAGUGGCCAAGAAGGUUGCUUACCUGGCUGGCUGCAACCACAACAGCACAAGGAUCAUGGUAGACUGUAUGAGGGAUCUAUCAGGGGCCCAGGUGAUGCGUGUGUCUAAGCGAAUGAGCUUCUUCCACCUGAACUCCCAGAAAGAACCGCAAGAGAUUACGUGGUUCCUGAGCCCAGUGGUGGAUGGUGUGGUGUUCCCUGAUGACCCUGUGACACUCCUGACCAGGCGGCAGGUUUCACCUGUGCCCUACCUUCUAGGUGUCAACAGUCUGGAAUUCAGUUGGGUCUUGCCUUAUCUCAUGAAGUUCCCGAAAAAUAAACGUGUAAUGAAAAAAGAAGUCCUUACCAGGCUGCUGUGGAGUACCAGCGUGUUCUUGAAUAUCACUAAGGAGCAGAUCCCACUCCUGGUGGAGGAGUACCUGAGUGACAUCGAUAUGCACGACUGGAGGAUAGUCCGAAACCACAUGAUGGACCUGGCUGGAGAUGGCACUUUCCUAUACACCACACUGCAAACCGCCCGCUACCAUCGGGAUGCUGGUUUUCCUGUCUUCCUGUAUGAGUUUGAGCGCCAUGCUCCCUCUGGCAUAAUUAUCAAACCUCGCACAGAUGGGGCAGACCAUGGGGACGAGAUCCAUUUCCUCUUUGGGAGCCCCUUCUCCAGAGGCCGGUCCACAGGCGAGGAGAAAGAACUCAGCCUCCGGAUAAUGAAAUACUGGGCCAAUUUUGCCCGCACAGGGAACCCCAAUGAUGGGAAGCUGGCCUACUGGCCACGCUUUGACAAGGACGAAAAGUACCUGCAGCUGGAUUUUACCACGAGAGUGGGUGUGAAGCUCAAGGAAAAGAAGAUGGCCUUCUGGGAGAGGCUGCACCAGCCUCAGAGUCCUGAGAAGCAGGAGCAGUCCUAA